CCUCCAUGUUCACACAUGGCAUUCGCGGUACUUAAUGUUUUCCAGGCCCUGGUUGGAGAGAGGGCAUGUUACCAGUCUGUCUGUUGCUAUGGCACUCAGAUCUUUUACCUUGGAACCAAGUCUGUACACAUGAUGACACUGAGAAACUGGCGAGAGAGGGUGGAUUACCUGCUACAGCAGGAGAAGUUUAUGGAGGCGCUCUCCCUGGCAUGGUCGUUCCAUGAGGGCACUGCCAAAGCCGUCGUGGGAUUAUUUGGAGAUUCCUCUAAGAAGAAGAGUGUGGUGGCUGACAAGAUGGUGGAGAUACUUCUGCAGUAUGCAGAGCAUUCCUUGAAGAGGUGUCCUGAACAGGGCAAGAUCCAGGUGAUGGAGCAGCACUUCCAGGACAUGGUGCCUGUCAUGGUGGAGUACUGUCUGUUGCUACAGAGAAGGGACUUACUCUUUGGCCAGAUCUACGGCCGCCUGGCAGAGAACUCUGUGGCCAGGGGCAUCUUCCUGGAGACCCUGGAGCCCUAUAUUUUAAGCGAGCGUAUUGGCUGCCUGACCGCGCCUGUCAUGCGGGAUCUUCUGAGCCACUUCCAGGAGAAUGGCAUGAUGGAGAGCGUGGAGAAUUGCUUGGUGCACAUGGACAUCACCAGCUUGGAUAUCCAACAGGUUGUCCAGACUUGCUGGGAGAACCAGCUUUAUGAUGCCAUGAUCUACGUCUUCAACAGUGGGAUGAAUGAUUACAUCAGUCCUAUGGAGAAACUUUUCCAGAUGAUAGGUCCACCAUUACAUGAGGGCAAGGCUCUCACAGAUGAACAAGUGACAAUGGGCAACAAGCUGUUGGUUUAUAUAAGUUGCUGCCUGGCAGGACGAGCCUACCCACUUGGGGAUAUUCCAGAGGAUCUACUCCCACUGGUGAAAAACCAGGUGUUUGAAUUCCUGAUCCGCCUACACUCAGCCGAAGUCCCUGAGGAGGAGGAGGUGUACCCCUACAUCCACACUCUGCUACACUUUGACACGCGAGAGUUCCUCAAUGUUCUCGCUUUGACUUUUGAGGACUUUAAGAAUGACAAGCAGGCCUUAGAAUAUCAGCAGCGCAUUGUGGACAUUUUGCUGAAGGUCAUGGUGGAAAAUUCGGACUUCACUCCCUCCCAGGUGGGCUGUCUGUUCACUUUCCUGGCAAGACAGCUGGCCAAGCCUGACAACACCCUGUUUGUCAACAGGAAGCUCUUUGACCAGGUUUUGGAGUUUCUCUGCAGUCCUGAUGAUGACUCCAGACAUACAGAAAGACAACAAGUGCUGCUGGAGCUGCUCCAUGUUGGGGGGGUGGUCCAAUUUGAUGAACAGAGGCUCCUCAGCUUGGCUGAGAAGGCAGAGUUCUACCAGAUCUGUGAGUUCAUGUACGAGAAGAAGCACCUGUAUGAUAAAAUCAUCUUCUGCUACCUGAAGGACCCCAUGAGAAAGGAGGAGAUUUUUAAUUACAUCCACAAUAUCCUGUCCAUCCCUGGGUACAGCACAGAAGAGAGAGGGUCGGUGUGGAACGUAGUGCUCGCACACAUUCAGGAACUGGUAGCUAUUGACCCAUUCAAAGCUGCUGAUCUGGUGAGCCUGCACUUUGCUGAAGAGGUGACUGCCAUCGUUGGCAGACUAGAGGGUGAUUAUUUGGUCUUCCAGUUCCUGAUGUAUCUUCUGGAAUCCAGCGAUCGCCCACAUUCCCAGCCUUUUCUGCAGCUCAGCCCUGAAAUCUAUGAGCAUCAUAUAAAGCUCCUGUGUCGCUUCAGUCCCCAGAAGGUCACCAGCUUCCUGAAGACUUCAGAGGACUACCGGCUGGAGGAGGCCAUCCAGAUCAGCAGAGAGCACAAUCUUCAUGAGGCCACUGCCUACCUAUUGGAGAGGAAAGGUGACAUUCAAGGAGCUUUCCAAGUGUUAUUGCAGACCCUGGAGCACAAACUGGCUGCUCUGUCGCAGGACAAAGAAGGUUCCCUGCAGGAGGACUGUCUUUUGCAGCUGGUGGAGCAAUCCCUAGAAGAUCUUACCUCUUUGUGUGACAGGAGCUCUCGCAUCCUCGACCAGCAACAGAGAGAGGCCCUGUGGUUCCUGCUUCUCGAGGCAAUGAUGUCACCACAGAAGUGCCUGCGGGGACCAUCCUCACAUCACGCUUCAGUAGCCCUGAAGGAGCUAACCAUGAAGGUUGUCUAUAGCAUGGCCAGCUUCAUCGCAAUGCCGUCCAUAAUCCAGCGCAUCCUGCAGGAUCCCGUGUAUGGAAAGGGGAGGCUGGCUGAGAUCCAGGGACUCAUCCUGGGAAUGCUGGAGACCUUCAACUACGAGAGGACCCUACUGGAAACGACUACCAGCCUGCUCAACCAGGACCUGCACUGGUCAUUGUCACAGCUGCGCACCGCAGUCAGCCGUGGCCUGCACCCUCGGGAAGACCACUGCAACAUCUGCUUGCAGCAGUACAGGCGGCAGCACGGUGAAAAGGAUGAGGUCAUCGUUUUCAGCUGUGGUCACCUGUACCACUGCCAGUGUUUGCAGAGUAAGGCUUGUACCCUGGCACAGCAACAGCUCGCAUGGAGCUGCUACAAAUGUUCCUCCAGUCAGGGAGGGCGUGGGGGCAGCUGUGGCCCAGCGUGCAAUCAGGAGUACCUACAAACCCACAGCACGUCACUGGCAGAGAUUAAGAUCAUGUCUGUGAUCUGUUUGCCUGCUGAAGACCUGCAUGGGAAGGUGAACCCUGACACCACGCUGAAUGCCCAGCAGAGCCAGUCCUGGGCCCAGUUACGCUGCUGCUACCGCGGCCCUUCCAGGCUGGCCCUGCUCGCUGAGCUGUCUUGUUCCCGUGGCGCUGAGAGAUCCAACCUCACUUCUGCUAGUGUGUUUCACAGCGAGAGUUUCCAGCUACAGCUCUGUCCCCCACCCCUGAUGGAGGACUAGCUCCUUCCCCUAUUACAUGUGAAUAAAACAAAAUCUUUAAAUGAG